GAGACUGUGGCCCAUGAGUAAGUCCACACUAAGGGAUCCACCCCUAAGGGACUGGGGUCUGUGGAUAAGUUCACACUGGAGCAGAGGCAAGGAUGGGGUGAAGCUGAAGAACUCAGAUUCAGUUCCAAGGAAAAGGAGAAUGAGGCAAGAACUUUUGAAGUGGAAUGGAUGGGGAUAUAAUGACUCCAAAUUCAUCUUCAAUAAGAAGGGGCAAGCAGAAUUCACAGGAAAAAGGUACAGAUUAGGUGGUAUGAUAUUACCAACUUUUAAGGAAUGGAUAGAAAAAACCUUUGGAGCAAGUCUGGAGCACAAAACUACCUCUAGAGCAUCCUUAAAUGUUAAUGAUGUACCUCCAUCCAUUGUAAAUGAAGAAUUUCUUCAGGAUCUUAUAGCCACUAAAAUCUCAUAUUCCCAGGAUGCAGAAGAUAGGGUAUUCAGAGCUCAUGGUCACUGCCUACAUGAGAUAUUUGUACUCAGGGAAGGAAUGUUUAAGCGAAUUCCUGAUAUAGUUGUAUGGCCUGUUUGCCAUGAAGACGUAGUUAAAAUUGUGGAAUUAGCCUGCAAACACAAUCUCUGCAUAAUACCAUUUGGUGGAGGGACAAGUGUCUCUAGUGCCCUUGAAUGUCCUGAAGAAGAAAAAAGAACAAUUAUCUCGCUGGAUACAUCACAAAUGAAUCGGAUUCUCUGGAUAGAUGAGAAAAACUUAACAGCUUGUGUAGAAGCUGGCAUUGUUGGACAAGAUCUGGAGAAACAGCUUGCUGAAAGUGGCUUCUGUACAGGCCAUGAACCAGACUCCAUGGAGUUCAGCUCACUAGGAGGAUGGGUAGCAACACGAGCAUCAGGCAUGAAAAAAAACAUCUAUGGAAACAUUGAAGAUCUGGUGAUUCAUAUAAAAAUGGUAACUCCUAGAGGAAUAGUAGAAAAAAAUUGUCAAGUACCUCGCAUGUCAACAGGACCUGAUAUCCAUCACUUCAUUAUGGGAUCUGAAGGAACUCUUGGAGUGGUUACUGAAGUUACGAUAAAGAUUCGUCCAGUCCCUGAAUACCAGAAGUAUGGCUCUGUGGUCUUCCCCAACUUUGAACGAGGGGUGGCCUGCUUAAGGGAAGUGGCAAAGCAGAGAUGUGCUCCUGCAUCAAUUCGCCUUGUCGACAACGCACAGUUUCAGUUUGGUCACGCUCUUAAACCACAAGUUGCUUCCAUUUUUACAUCAUUUUUGGAUGGACUGAAAAAAUUCUACAUCACAAAGUUUAAAGGAUUUGAUCCCAACAUACUGUGUGUAGCUACCUUGCUCUUUGAGGGUGACAGAGAGAAGGUUCUUCAACAUGAAAAGCAAGUCUAUGAUAUUGCCACCAAGUUUGGUGGCUUGGCAGCAGGAGAAGAUAAUGGACAGAGAGGAUACAUGCUGACAUUUGUCAUCGCAUACCUUCGGGACUUGGGCCUGGAUUACUAUGUAAUAGGAGAAUCAUUUGAGACAUCUGUUCCUUGGGAUAGGGUUUUGGACCUUUGUAGAAAUGUAAAGGAAAGGAUAGUAAGAGAAUGCAAAGAAAAGGGUGUUCAGUUUGCUCCUCUUUCCACCUGUAGGGUGACACAGACUUAUGAUGCAGGUGCAUGUGUCUACUUCUACUUUGCCUUUAACUACAGAGGAAUUAGUGAUCCUAUUCAUGUCUAUGAACAAAUUGAGAGGGCUGCUAGAGAAGAAAUACUUGCCAAUGGAGGAAGUCUUUCACAUCACCAUGGAGUAGGCAAAUUGCGGAAGCGCUGGAUGAAGGAGAGCAUCUCUGAUGUUGGCUUGGGAAUGCUGAGAUCUGUUAAAGAAUAUGUGGACCCCAAUAAUAUCUUUGGAAACAAAAAUCUUUUAUAAAGCCCUGCACAAAUGAUGUACUAAAAAUUAAAAAUUACUGUUCAAAUUCCUCCACUUUCAUUGUAUUGAUAUCCCAGUAAUCAAAUAUAACAUAGAUUAAACUUUAAAAACUAGUAACUUACAUUGAUUUUUUGCUACUCCCUUCCCCCUCCCCCCAAUAAAGUGUAAACAUCACUGUUAAUGUUUAUGGACUUUUACUUACAAUGCUCUUAAACAACCCACUGGGCACAAGUACCAACCAGGAAAUGCAAAUUUGUUUUCCAAGUUUGGUGUAACACAGCUGACAGUAUUUUCAAUGCUGGAUACUGCCAGAUGUUUCUUACUUAAAGAAUCCCCUGCAAGGAGGACAAAGACUGACAACUGUGUUUUCUACAGAAGCAGCUGCUCAACCCAGCCUCUUGCUAAAGGAAAGCUGCUAAGAGACAGAUGAGAGAACACCAAGGAGUACCUCACUGUACUGAAGGAUUAAGUAUGUAACAGACUUGUAACCAGCAAAUACUUAGAGUACAAAUGUAGGCUUUGAUCAAAAGAAACAGUGUAAGUCAAAUUACUAAAAACUCAGUAGUCUCUCACUGCAGUACUACUUGAAAAUUAUACACAAUUGAACUGUUCUGAGUUGUAUUUGCAUUGCUGGGAUAAUCUUAAAUUAACUGUAGGUCAGUCACUAAGUUUUGUACAAUGGACAUUUCUCACUGUAUGUUGAAAACAGGUUUGUAACAAAAUUUUGCGUUCAUCUGUACUUCAGUCCUAGUGUGUAUGGUUUUUGAUCCUGUUUUGUUUGUUUUGCACAGAUGCAAAAUAUCUUUAUCAGCUAAAAAAAAGUUUUGGCUAUUCAAAUGAAACUGCCCAGCACUGUCUUUUGAAACAGUCUCAACAGUUUAAUAAAACACUUAAGUGGA